GGUCACGUGGAUCAGAGAUGGUUCAUCUACCUGCAGUGUGAAGGGAACUGGGGCAGCAGUCUUCGUUUGAGAUGCACCACUUGCCGUCAGAAACCAUCCGAUUACUAUCCAGCUCCCAAGUGAUUACUGCUGUGGUCAGUGUGGUUAAAGAGCUUGUGGAGAAUGCCUUGGAUGCUAAUGCUAACAGCAUUGAAAUAAAACUGGACAACUUUGGAUUUGACAAGAUUGAGGUCCAGGAUAAUGGGGACGGAAUUAAAGCUGCAGAUGCUCCUGUUAUGGGCAUCAAACACUACACCUCUAAAAUUACCAACCAUGAGGACUUGGGGGCUUUGGAGACAUAUGGGUUUCGUGGAGAAGCUUUGGGUUCAAUCUGCUCUGUAGCAGAGGUGCAUAUUACAACGAAGACUGCUGCCGAUGAGAUCAGCACCCAGUAUGUUUUGGAUAACACUGGACAUGUUAAAUCUCAUAAGCCAUCACACCUUGGACUGGGGACUACAGUCACGGUCUUAAAUUUAUUCAAGAAUUUGCCAGUAAGAAGACAAUUUUUUUCUACCACGAAGAAACGCAAAGCAGAGCUCAAAAAAGUUCAAGACCUUCUAAUGGCAUAUGGAAUUAUUAAACCAGAGCUUAGGGUUGUACUUGUACACGAUAAGGUGGUUAUAUGGCAGAAGAACAAAGUAUCAGAUCACAAAAUGGCACUAAUGUCAGUUUUGGGAACCUCAGUCAUGAAUAAUAUGGCGCCUUUUCAACACCAAGAUGAUGAUUCAGAGAUCAGAAUUCAUGGAUUUCUUCCAAAGCGAGAAGCAAACAAUUUAACCAGUGCUUCAAGUUCAGAAAGGAGUUUUAUUUUCAUCAACCAACGACCAGUUCAUUACAAAGAAAUAUUGAAGAUGGUUCGAUCAUACUAUAAUCAAAAUAUAACAUCUCAUUCCUAUCCUGUGUUUUUCAUGAAUAUUGUUGUCCCAGCUUCAUUUGUAGAUGUCAAUCUAACUCCAGAUAAAACUCAAGUAAUGUUACAGAAUAAGGAAUCCGUGCUCACUGCUGUUGAGUUUAUGCUGAAGUCUAUGUAUUCUGAUCCAAUACUCAGGGAAGUUGACAGUGUUAAUGCACAGUCUUCAGAGGCUGAUGUGAACAGUAAGGUUCCUGCAAAAGAAAAUGAUGGCAAAGAUAUGAUUGUUGAAACUACUAAGCCUCUGGAGAAGAAUGUGUUCAUACAUCUAAAUGAUAAUAUUGAGAAACUGGAAAGCCAGGCAGAAGUUGUUUUAACAGAUCCAUUAGUAGACAGUAGUGUAUGGCCUAACCAUGACAGGCAGUGGAAUUUCACCAUGGAACAUGUUAAAGGUGAUGAAGCUGACAGGGAACCUGAAUCUAGAACUGCUGGGCAACCCUCAGAGUACAAAAACACCACUUCAAAUGAUAUCCUGGAAACAUUGGAUGAUAAUUGGAGUAAAGGGACUGCUUUUAAAAAUUCAAAAGGAGAAAACGUACAACCUGUUACUAUAUUAUGCCCUUCACGUGAAACAAAUGGCAGCAAAAUGUCUGAAGAAACUAGCUUAAUUAAGAGUCCUGAAAAUACAGAAAAUAAAUCUACAAAUGUAAUCUACGAGAAAACUGGAUUUAUAACCGCUUUUGACUUGAUGAAUAACAGAGUUAUAAAGAAACCAAUGUCUGCAGUAGAUAUUUUCACCCAGGAAUAUCGAACAAAAUAUCUUAAAGAUGCACCAAGAGUUGGAUUUGAUGACAUUUCUUCAGAAAUGUUGGAUGUUUGGGAAAAACUCGAUGAAGAGGAAAAACUUAAGUAUGAGGAAAAAGCAGCCAAGGACUUGAAGCGAUACAAGCUGCAGUCUGCAAACGCUACAGAAAGAAAUAUGCAAAAGCCAAAAGAGACAGAAAAAAGACUGAGGCUGGUGUCAGGAGAAAGCGCUGCUCAAAAAAUAAAACAGAAAACGGCACUCUCCAAUCAACAAAUCCUGGAUACUAUGUUUCAGUCACAAGUUCAAAAGAAAGCAUCUACACCCGCUGUUAAAACUACCCAAAUAGCGUUUAGCCUCAAUGACCUAAAGCAGAAGCAUUGCAGGCUUCCAGUGAAAGAUAUGCAGGAUGCAGAAUUUAGUUUAAUAAGUAAAUUGAAUUUUCCCGGUGCUUGGGUUUUAGCAUCUAAGAAAGCAAUAACCUUGUUAAAUCCGUACAGAAUGGAAGAAGUGUUGUUGUGUAAACGACUCAUGGGCAAUCACAUCAUUCCUGCAGAGACUUUGGACUCACCAAUUGUGAUAAGACAUAGGUUGCUUGGAGAAACGGAUUACCUCUCAAUUCUUUUAGGAAUGCAAAAGGACAAUCCAAAACCAAAUGGACAUAUUUAUUUUUCAGACCCUAGACUAACUGCUAAUGGGUUUGUAAUUAAAAUGAUACCAGGUUCUCCAGAUAGCCAUGUGGAGAUUGAAGGGAUGGCCAGCGUUUUGCCUUUUUACGGGAUAUCUGAUCUAAAGGAAAUCUUAAACUUUGUGAUGAAUAAAAAUGCAAGAGAUCUGUGUGACUGUAGACCCCUUAAAGUUUUAAAUUAUUUGGAGGCUGAAGCUGUAAGACUGACAAGACAACUACCUUUAACACUAGCAAAAGACGAUGUACAGAACACUUUGAGUCGAAUGAAAAAACAGCUUGGAGAUCAAACUAAAGGAUGCAUCCAUGGUCGGCCUUUUUAUUAUCACCUAGCUGAUAUUCCUCAAGAUGAUGAUUAGAAAUAAAAGGACUCCUAUUGUAUAGAUCCAAAUCU